AACAGGUCCACACACAGUGCCUAGACUAGAGUACUGCAUGAAUAAAUGAAUCAUCUACCACUUGGUUAAGAAAUCCUCACACGUUGUGGUAGAACUAGACCUCUGGCAUAAGGGCCAAACUCUGCAUUCUAUCCCUCUUGCUUUCAGACUUCAGAUUUCCCAGAAUUCCGUGAACUCCAGCGAUGACACCAGCAGCAGCAGCGCUGUCUCCGAUUGCUGAAAGAGGACCAGAGCAACACAGAGGUGGCGUGAGCCAUCGGCUUUUCUCUCCGAGAGACUGUAGGCUUGGAUAGUUCACUCUCAAGCACUGCGGACAUCCUGAGUCGUGAUCUGAAGGAGGUUUUCAUCUGGCUGGUUUUAAGAGCGUGAGCCUUCCACCAUGGCUCUUUACGAAUAUGUCACGCAAGAGCAACUCGCGGGUUUUGACAAGUAUAAGUACAGUGCCGUGGACACCAAUCCACUGUCCGUAUACGUCAUGCACCCGUUCUGGAACUCCGUCGUCAAGAUCAUGCCAAGGUGGCUGGCCCCAAACCUCAUCACCUUUACUGGGUUCAUGUUCCUGGUGCUGAACUUCCUCAUUCUGUCCUUUUACGACUUUGACUUCUACGCCUCAGCACAGGGACAUGUCCACGUGCCAAGCUGGGUCUGGGUGGCAGCCGGCCUCUUCAACUUCUUGGCAUACACACUGGACGGCGUGGACGGCAAGCAGGCGCGGCGCACCAACUCCUCCACGCCUCUGGGGGAGCUGUUUGACCACGGGCUGGACAGCUGGGCGUGCGUCUUCUUUGUGGCCACGGUCUACUCGGUGUUUGGGCGCGGUGAGACGGGCGUGAGCGUGCUUACGCUCUACUACCUGCUGUGGGUGGUGCUCUUCUCCUUCAUCCUGUCGCACUGGGAGAAGUACAACACCGGCAUCCUCUUCCUGCCCUGGGGCUACGACGUCAGCCAAGUGACCAUUUCUAUAGUGUACAUAAUCACAGCGGUAGUGGGUGUGGAGACGUGGUACUUCCCUUUCUUCUUCAACAUCCGCUACAGAGACCUCUUCACUGUCAUGAUACUGGGUUGUGCCUUGACCGUGACCCUUCCCAUGAGCCUCAUUAAUGUUUUAAAAGGGUACCGCAGUAACACCCUGAAGCACAGUUCUGCGUACGAGGCCAUGUUGCCCAUCCUGUCUCCACUGCUGCUCUUCGCCCUCUCCAGCCUCUGGGUGGCGCUCUCGCCCAACGACAUCCUGCAGCUGCAGCCCAGGGCCUUCUACCUGAUGGUGGGCACGGCCUUCGCCAACGUCACGUGUAAGCUGAUUGUGUGUCAGAUGAGCAGUACUCGGUGUCAGCCUCUGAGCUGGCUGCUGGCCCCGAUGGCCGUGUGUGUGGCCCUGAUUGCCACGGGCUUCGUCACGCACAGCGAGCCACUGCUGCUCUACCUGUGGACCGCUGUGGUGGUGCUGGCACACGUGCACUACGGGGUGUCAGUGGUGCAGCAGCUGAGCGACCACUUCAACAUAUACGCCUUCUCGCUGAAGAAGCCCAACUCCGACUGACAUGAGGAGGAGAAAAUCGGCCUGACUGCUGCGGAGGUCUAAGCUGUCCCAGCUGUCCUCUGCAGCUCGCCGACACGUCACCCAUCGCCAUGGACACCAAAAGCGCGUAACGCGAAUGCCCCCUUCCCACACGCCCUAAUGCGAACUAAAGACUAGAUGAAACGCACACAAAAAACUGCACGGUUCAAAACAAACGAACAACUGAGAACAAAAAAAAAGGAAAACAUGCAAAAGAAAUGGGAGUCACCACCUAAGCAAAACACAGCCCAACUAAGCCCAGGAAUGGAGCUGCGCCAUAGGACCAUGUCUCAACCAGGACUGAGUUGCCCCGAAAGACUCAUGUGUCCCCAGCACAGAGCUGCGCCACAGGGACCACUAUGUGUCUCCAGCACGGAGCUGCACCACAGGGACCGUCCCCCCCCUUGUGUUCCCAGCAUAGAGCUGGAGCGGCGUAUCAAUGGGGGGGGUACCACCUUGAGUCCCCAUUACGGUGCUACGUCACAGGGACCACCAUGAGGUCCCCAGCGCGGUGCUGCGCCACAGGGACCAUUGUGCGUCCGCAGCACAGAGCUGCACCACAGGACCUUUUUUUUACUGUACCAUCAGGCCAGAGCUGCAGCACUUGGUUUGGGGGGGUUCCCAUGUGGUCCCCAGCACGGAGCUGCGUCACAGGGACCAGUCGUGUGUGUGUGUGCGUGCGCGCAUCCACACGAGUCCUCAUCACUGGAGCUGCAUCAGAAGACCCAGUUCAUUCCAACAGCACGGACCUGUUACCGCACUUCAUAGGGACUCUGGUUCGUUACCUCUGUAAUGUCUGGGUGGGACAGUGACGGUGUCAGGGCUGGUCCGGUCCGGUCUGGGUCCGGGAUAAUAGGGCGGGCGGGUCCAAUUACCUCUGUUGGUUCCUCUGGGCAGCGGGCUCUGAAUUCAGUGAAGCCUCAGGGGUGUUGCUUGUUUCCUAAGGAAAUGCGCUUCCAGCUGAGAGAGUAGGAGCUGAGGGUUAUUACUACUGCUGCUGCUACUGCUGCUGCUGCCGCCGCCACCUCCACAAACGAACCCCCACUGUGUUAGCCGUUAAAAACACACACACAGAUUCAGACAACACACACACACACACACACACACACACACACACACACACACACACACACACACACACACACACACACACACACACACACACACACACACACACACACACACACACACACACACACACACACAGACUCGGAACACACACACACACACAGACAUACACACACACAGAUACACACACACACACACACACACACACACACACACACACACACACACACACACAGAUACACACACACACACACACACAGAUACACACAUACACACAGCUACAGACAACACACACAGACUCGAACAACAAACACAUACACACACACACACACACACAAACGAUACACACUUCUGCUUCAAAUUUCGCAUGCAGGCACCUGCACUUGUUGACAGGUUAGCAUUUCAUAAUUCUCUUAUGCACACACACACACACACACACACACACACACACACACACACACACACAUUCCGUGUCCUAGCUGUCAUUAUAGCGAGGUCUGUAUAUCUAACACACAAACACAUACACUCACUCACUCACUCACUUACUCACUCACACUCACUUGAACUCACCAACAUAUCCGUAUGUGCAACAAUGAAUGUCCAGUACUUAAUUGCCUUGUGGGAUGGUGGACAGAAGCUCUUUCUCUAUUCUGGGUGGUUUUUUUGCUUUCAGAUUUCCUUAUAAACUAACCUCACCUUGGACCAACACAUGGCCCUGAUGUCGGAGUAACACACAGUGAAACGGUGACCAAACACACACACACGCACGCCACACCACACCUCACCACACCUCGGGCUGGACUGGUACCAAGCAAAAUGGCUCAGGCUCUCUGGCUUUGACUGUCCUGUAAACAUAAAUACAUUGUGACUCGGGCCACUUUCACGCUGUAUCGGGAUUGGUCCAGCCCGCUGUCUUCGUUGAAGAUGGGUCAAAGAGGCUGUCCCUCCCAAAAAUGUGGGCCAGUCUAAAAAUCUGGGGUGUGCUUCUCGAAAGCGUAGUUGUUAGGCAGUUAGCAACUUGGGUAGUUGUCAAUGGGAUAUUGCAUUGCAACCAGCAAAGUAGCCACUGUAGUUAGCAACUACGCUUUCGAGCCAUGCACCCCAGCAUUGGCUCCUGCAGACUGUCGGCCCACCCGGAAAUGCCGUGUAUGCCAGAUUGCCAGUGCAGCCCUGCCACAGUCGGUCCAUCUCACCUGGACACACAAACACACACACACACACACACACACACACACACACACACACACACACACACACACACACACACACAAACACACACACACACACACACACACACACUAGGUUGGUAGUGUAUUAUUUUUCUAUAAGGGAUACAGCAAGAGCUCUGCCUGCAUUGCAUUUUUUGUUUUGUUUUGUUUUUUUUUCAAAAAUGGAUUUGUACCUCCCCAUGCAACUGAAAACUGAUGGCUUCACUUGAAACUAGCCCCAGUGGAACAGUGUCAAGCUCUGAAUCAACCAGUCACAGACAAUAGGAGUAACGUUAACCAUGGGUUGAGUUGAGCCUCUCUCUCUCUCUCUCUCUCUCUCUCUCUCUCUCUCUCUCUCUCUCUCUCUCUCUCUCUCUCUCUCUCUCUCUCUCUCUCUCUCUCUCUCUCUCUCUCUCUCACACUCUCUCACAUGCAUAUAUUACGUUGGGUGUUAUCCUUUGAGUUGACUUCAGUACAGUUCAUUUUGGCCUUUGUUUUUCAGUUUUCCAUCUCCAUGUAUUUAAAAGAUAUGAUGUCGGUGGUGAUGUGUCAGCAUGCCGGUUUUCUCUUCAUAUUAUUUAUUUUUCUUUCCUUAACAUUCUCCCAGAUGUCCUUUUACCCUCAUUUCCUAGUUAUUAUUUUUUUUAUAUAUAACCGAUGGGCUUAUAUUGAGUGAAAUCGGCGCUCAAAUGAAGAGUGCGCCCCAAACCCUACCCAGGAGAGGGCGCACUCCGAAUCCUGAAAAGGCGUCAGCCAUGAAAACAGGACUGCGCUGUAUUUGCAACUUGAUUAAACUCACCGGUGCUGCCCCCCAGCGGUUGUCCCAAAUGACUCGCGCAUAACCUGUGGAGAGGGUAGUGUACCGAAUGUACCGGUAUAAUGCCAUUAAUGUUGUACUAAUGUGGCUCUGUGUAUGUGUACAGGCUUUUGUAGUGGAAGCUAUUUGGGACACUGCUGGUGGAGCUGAUGGUUUUUUUUCUCGGUGUUUUCUUUAUUUCCUUUCUGUCUGUCUUUUCUUUAUUUUCUGUUUUCUUUCAUCUCUCUUCUCGCUUCUCUCUUUCAGUUUCUGUUCUUUCUUUUCUGUUUGCUUUUGCCUCUCUGUGUUCAGCUUCGUUGUACAUUGCGCUUUGCCUGCUACGGAUGCUACGGACUUGUUCUGUCUUUUUUUUUUUUUUUUUUUGAGAAAAUCUCAGUUUUUGUUAUUUGUCAUGUUUAGAUUGUGAAAGACUGUGUGUGAGCAAGUGAGUGGUGUGAGCUGGCAUGUGAAAGCUUUCAUGAAGGGUUCAGAGAAAUCACCACACACACACACACACACACACACACACACACACACACACACACACACACACACACACACACACACAACUAGCCAAAAUGCUUGUUUUCUAACUCUUCAAUACACUUUUUAGUUUCACUCAGGCAACCCAAUGAACACACACACACACACGCAUAUACACAGACACACACACACACACACACACACACACACACACACACACACACUUGAAGUUGUAUCCUAUGAACCUUUCUUUUUAUUGGCACUUUAAUCCCUGUUGCCAUACCAGGCUCUGUCCACUGCUGUGCUGUGUGCGUGUGAGUGUGUCUGUGCGUGCGUGUGUGCGUGUACAUGUAUGCAUUUAGUGUUUUAAAAGGCUAUGUAUUAUAUUGUCUUUUUUAUGUUUUACUCGCUUCAAAUCCAAAUGACCUUACUUUCUCACUGACCUCAUGUUUUAAUAACGUUUUGUUUUCUGACCAAAACAAUAAUUCCUGUCCAUGAAACUUAUAAGAAUAAUUUUACUAGGCUAGUCUAGUAUAUGUUUUUGUUUUGCUUAACUCACCGCUCAAUUUGUUUAUUUUAAAGUGUAGGCCACAGCAUAAAUGUGUUUUUCUCCCCCGGUAAUUAAACAUUUAUCUCUGAUUACCAUUCAGAAGAGGUCAUCAUGUAUUUGAUGCCCUCAAUCACGUAAUGGAAUUUAUUCUUGACACCAUUUGUAAUCUGAUACCCAGUAUUUCUAAAGGGCGCUGUAACAUGUGUACGUGCUGUAACAUGUGUACUCUGAAAGAAUAUUAUUGUUGACGUUUAUGUUGAUGUGUAAUGGAGGACUUGUGAAAUUUGUGUGUGUGUGUUUGAGGAAAACGGCAAUCCGCAGGGCGCUUGGUUUUUUUUAAACUUCCCUGCUCGCCAGAAUGCAGCGGAUGAGCGCAGUUCUGCUCUGAACGCAAGAGGGCAAUAGCACACCGUCUAGCCUACAACUGACUCGAUUGUGGAAUGGGAGACGUCGCGGGGUUGACCGUGUGUGGGGUGCAGAAAAGGGCAGGAAUAGCCUAACUGAUUUAAAAAGUGAUUGUUUUAACUGUUUAUUUAUCUUACAUAUACAUUAGUGAGACUGUUUCCCAACGCAGCUUAUUUGACUGAUUCUGUUUUAUCUGGUCGGCUGCUGGAUGGCGGGGGAGAAAUGUCCAAGGAGACGCCUGUAGGCCUACCAGGUGCAUCCUCUGAAUGUGAACGGUUUAGCCUUUUUUUGUCUCGUCUUUCUGGCCAGCGCGUUUUUUUUCAUUAUUAUUAUUGUAAUGUCUGUCCUUUUCUUUUCAUGUUUAAUCAGUGGCGUAUGUCGAGAUUUUUUUUUUUUAAUUUGAAGAUUCCUCUAUUAUGAUGUGGCAAUUGCUAUCGUGUAAUUGUUAAAAAAAACGGCAACUGUGAAUCCGUACAAUCAUUUUUUUCCCCCCACCGUAUCUUAAGUGUAGCCGUCAGCCUCUUAACCACUAUCGCCCAAUUAAUGUAGCCUAGAGUGUGCUAUACUGGGAUACACCAGAUGACCUGGACUACACACACUAUCUGAAUUAUCUACCUACUGUAACAUUUAAAUAAAUGGACAUACUCUACAA